CUUUCACACGCACCCCACUGGCCCUUGACAAAUGUUACGACAAACUUUUUUUCAGCCUCCCCAACAGACGCCGCAAACAUCAACACACUCCCCGUCGGGCCGGUACACUGCCUCUCGUCGUCCCUGGCAUCGGCGAUUGCGAUUCACCCUCGACAGGCAUCUGCCGUCCUUCCCUGCCGUCCGCUGGAGUGGCUCUGAUCCUUUCGCUCUCGUUUCGUUGCCCCGAGUCGGCUAUUUGUGUUCCUCUCGCUUGAGCAUCCGUGCAGCAUGGCACCCAUGCACAUCCGUUCCAGCAAAUCCCAGAUGCAGACCGACUGCAGGUCCAUGAAAGCGUCCAUCCGGACCCUGAUUGUCGACAACUAUGACUCGUACACCUUCAAUCUGUACCAAUAUGCGUCCGUCCAAGGCGGACCUCUCCCAGUCGUGAUUCGCAACGACCAAUUCAGCUGGGAGUUUGUACGCGACCACAUUCUCCCGCAUGUCGACAAUGUCAUCAUCUCUCCAGGCCCUGGAUCUCCCGACCGACCCGAGGAUUUCGGCAUCAAUUCGCAGCUGCUGCUCCACAGCACCAUCCCGGUCCUGGGAGUCUGUCUCGGUCACCAGGGUCUUGCACUGGUGUAUGGUGGCAAGGUGGUUCAUGCCAACGAACCGGUCCAUGGUCGACUGAGCCAAGUAUUCCAUCACGAUACCUUGGCAUCGCCUGGACUCGCAAAGUCCAUUUUCGAUGGCGUUCCGUCGCCGUUCAGUGUUGUGCGAUACCACUCACUUGUGGUUUCUCCAGCCGACCUGCCCGAGUGCAUUGUGCCCAUCGCAUGGUCGUCCUCUUGCCCCGGCUCGGACCCUGAUCGCCGUGAUAUCAUCAUGGCCCUCCAGCACAGGGAAAAGCCGCUCUGGGGUCUCCAAUUCCAUCCCGAAUCCAUCUGCACUUCGUUUGGGCAGACUCUUCUCGACAACUUCCGCGACCUCACAUUCGAGUACUUGAAGCGGCAGGGCGUGUCGUUCCCCAGACCAGAGCCGCAUUCGUCCCUCAGCGAAUUUACCGCCAUUCCAGGCCCGCUGUGUCCCGGCAUCGAGUCCCGGCGCCCGAGCAACAUCAAAAUCGCUGUAAAGAAGCUUGCGCAGACAUGGUGCGACUGUGAAACAGUCUUCUCGGAUAUGUUUUCGGACGAGCCAGUUUGUUACUGGCUGGACUCUGCCAAGGUCGAGAAGAACCGAAGUCGAUUCACAUUCAUGGGCGCUGGAGGCGGCCCGCUCAGCUUCACGGCCCAAUACUCCACGCUGACGCGAGAGGUUACUCUGACGCACCUCGGCUCCAUACCCAACAAGAAGGAGGUCGUCUCGCUGGCCCGCACCGUCCAUGAGGACUUUUUCGCCUGGCUCACCGACCGAAUGCAACACCUUGGCAUGGGCCCGGACAUGAGCGAUCGCCUCGUCACAGAGCCGACAGAUCUGAGUAUGGAUCAAAUCCCGUUCGACUUUCACGGCGGCUUGGUGGGCUAUUUUGGAUACGAGAUGAAGACCGAGAGCAUGCACGUCGCAGCCAGUUGCGAUAGCACCAACCAUGUUGGUGAAGCCUCUCGAAGGUUCCAGACAGUCUCGGCCCAGUCCGUUCCGGAUGCGUCGUUCAUGUUUGCCGAUCGCAUUCUGGUCUUUGACCAUGAGCAGCGGGACAUCUAUUGUAUCCACGUCCGAGAUGUCGGCAACCAGGAGAACGAAAACUGGUUGGAAGUGUGCUCGCAGCGUCUGGCUGGGUUGCAAGAACGCAGCCAGAGCCGCCAGCGAGACCAUCUGGGUCAGCCGCAUCCAGAUGCGAAGCGAAUCCGCUUCGACCCCAACGCACCGGGCCGGAACAACCAGCUCAAGCUGGCACAGAGCCGGGAGCAGUACCUGCAAAGCAUCCAAGAUUCACUCGUGGCCAUUCGCGACGGAGAAACGUACGAGGUGUGCCUCACAACACAGAUGAAGGCACAGCUGCCGCCGCCGUCGCCCUCGCAGAUCAUGGACUUUUAUCUGCACUUGCGCCGCCGCAAUCCAGCGCCCUACGCGGCAUUCAUCCGGUUCGGGGAGGACCUUACUGUUACCAGCUCAAGCCCGGAGCUGUUUUUGAAGGUUGAGCGCGACGGAUGGGUCAAAAUGAAGCCCAUCAAGGGCACCGUGGCCCGUGUGUACCCGGGAUCGAACGGCAUGACCGAAGCCGAGGCUCAUCUUGAAGACGAGCGGCGAAAGCAGAACCUCGAAUCGAACGAGAAGGACCGAGCCGAGAACUUGAUGAUUGUCGAUUUGAUCCGCAACGACCUCAACACCAUCUCACGCCCGCGCACAGUGCACGUCCCGGCACUGAUGCAGAUCGAGAGCUAUGCCACGGUGCACCAGCUCGUGUCGACCGUCAAGGGCCACCUGCGACCGGAUCUCACCUGCAUCGAUGCCAUCAAGCAGUCGUUCCCACCGGGAUCCAUGACUGGAGCCCCGAAGCGCCGCACGGUCGAGAUCCUCGAAGGUCUGGAGGGUAACAUGCCGCGGGGUGUGUACAGCGGCUGCCUCGGCUGGAUUGGGCUGAACGGUUCGGCCGAGAUGAACGUGGUGAUCCGCACCGCUGUGUUUGCUGGAGGAGAAGUAUCCAUUGGCGCAGGUGGAGCCAUCGUGGCUCUAUCGGAUCCCGAGGGCGAGUACGACGAAAUGCUUCUCAAAUCCAACUCGGUGGCGCCCAGUUUGGCGGCGGUCUUUGGAAUUGCGCCCCCGAAACACUCGUGAAGAGAAUCGGGCUAUGAAGCCCCAGGCAACCCAUGCGGCCACGGUCGCCGAGGCGCUGCAAUAUCAACAUGAUGCACAUACCAACAUGAUGCACAUAUCUGCACUAUCCCUACCUCACACGAUACAUUUCCACCGACUCAUUCCGCGGCUGGGCAACUCUCCGAUUGUCAAUACAUACUACCCCCCACAGCAG